AUGGGCAACGACCACCUCUCCCGCGGCAACACGGUGCUGCCGGUGCGCCUGGCCGUCGCCGGCGCCAUCCUGGGCGCGGUGGCGCGGAUGUUCACCGCCCCGUUGGAUACAAUUAAGAUCAGGAUGCAAUUAGCGCCGCCAGGGCAAGGGCGCUUUGGCGCCAUCGUCGCCGCCACCGUGCGCCACGAGGGCGUCCGGGCGCUCUGGAAGGGCAACGUCCCCGCCGAAAUCAUGUACGUGUUUUACGGCGCCACCCAGUUUGCGCUGUAUCAGGCGCUCAACCAGGCGCUCGCCCGGUUGGAAGACAAGUACCCCCACGCGCUUAAACCCGUCGCCAGUCUUGGCCUUCACAGUCUAGUGACGGGGUUUGGCGCCGGCGCCACGCUGACGCUUAUCACCUACCCGUUUGACCUUUUACGGACGCGGUUGGCGGCGCUGACGUCGCGGGAGCUAUUAUCGAUGCGAUCGGUGUUAAAGACGAUCGGUUCUCCCCGGGAUUUGUUUAAAGGGAUAAACCCGACGAUGCUCGCCGUGGCACUAAACACCGGCUUGAUGUUUGCCACCUAUAACCAGGCGCGCCACGUGUCCAAACGCUACGCCGACUUCCCGUUUAUCGAAGGCGUGUGUGGCUUUGUCGCUGGUGCCACCGCCAAAGCCAUUACCUUCCCUUUAGACACUCUUAGAAAGCGGUGUCAGAUGUCGCAGCUGAGGCUGCUGGCGUGGCAAAUGGCCGUCAAAUUAUGGCACGCCGGGGGCAUUCGCAGUUUUUACCAAGGCGUCACCGUGGCCCUUAUAAAAUCAGCACCGACACUGGCCCUCUCCAUGUGGGCCUACGAAUGGACUUUGGGAGCAUUUGAACGCACUGGCGUCUAG